CUCCCCGCAUACCUCCCACUCGAAUCUACCCACAGCUAUAGAAUUGAGAUGCUGAAAUCGUUUGUUCGUCUUUACAUCUCCUUUCGAGUGCAUUAGUAUCGCUACAGUCAUUGAUAAAUAAAUAUAGUCGCUCCAUUUUGGUGAUCUGCAUAUGACGCUCACAGCGCCUGGAAAAAUGCAGCGCGUCCUUUAUAAAAAUGAAUGAAUGAACGAGGCAAGUGAUGCUGCGCGCUGACAGCCGGGGAUAUUUCUGAAAGCUUUUGUUACAAGAACCAUUCGGAGUUAAGAUGUUCCCGUCGUGCUGUUCUAAGCCCAAGAAUGGGUCUCAGUUUAAGAUGUCUUACACCAAAGUGAUUUUUGGUGUGCUGGUGGUGUACGUCGUCCAUACGUGCUGGGCCAUAUAUGGCUUCAUUCAAACCAAACCCUGUGACAGCUCUAGAGGAGACAGCUGUGUUACAUCUUAUCUCACCAUGAAACCUCGACUCCAGCUCAGCAUCUAUUCCGCCCUGGAUCCCAAUGAUGAGUCUGGAUACAUCCUUCUGUUCAAAGUCGACAGAUUUGACAUUAACACUAGGUUUGACAAAAAGGUGAGUGUCACCCUUCCUGUGGGCACUCGUAAUAACCGGACACUCCAUGCAGUCGUGUUUAUACACAAGAGCGGAGUGACACCUUGGAAAGACAACAGACAUGUGCGGCUUGUGGAUCGUCUCACCUCUCAGAUGAUCCCUCUUCAGCUGGAGACCACCACGACCAAACAGACCCAAGAGGCAACAGAGGAGCACAAGCUUGUUUUAUACUGGAAAUCAUGUCUUAGACUGAACAUAAUGAAUGAGGAUUUCAUCUUCAGCAAUGCUGGGGUUCCCAGCGACCUGCGGCGCUAUAUGAAAAUAAUUGAAGAUGGAAAAAGAGAAAAAAAGAAAUUGUAUCUGCCUCUAUUACUGGUCGACGAACUGAGGAGCCGAUUAAAAGACUUAAUCGAGAUAAACAGGACCACAAAAGAGGUGCCGCUGACCGUAUCAUAUGACACUAUUACCUUACGCAAAUUCAGAAUAUGGAUCCACAUACAGGCUGUCAUUUAUUCACUCAAACAUUUUGGAUUUUCAGAGCAGAGCCUGGAUGAAAUCAAAGCCAUGUUUGUUGAGAGCGGUCUGCAUGUCUUGGCUCUGUCCGUCCUCGUGCCUGCCUUCCAUCUCUCGUUUGAAGUCUUUGCCUUUAAGAAUGACGUAAGGUUCUGGAGAGAUAGGAAGAACUUAGCAGGCCUUUCCAGGAGAUCAGGUACACAAAUAUAUGCUGAUGAUAAGACCAGACCACAAUACAAAGCCUCUUCUCUUUCUUUUCUCUGUAUUUCUGCAGUGCUGUGGAGAUGUUUUAGCACCAUCGUAAUUUUCCUCCAUCUACUAGAAGAGCAAUCUAGCUGGUUAAUUCUGCUCCCCACUGGGAUAGCAGCUCUGAUUGAGUUAUGGAAAGUGAAUAAGGUCAUAGCACUUUCACCCAAAUUUCAUGAUGAAAGACUGGAUGAUUUCGAGCGAGCAACAGAAGAGUAUGAUUCCAAGGCUAUGAAAUUCUUGUCAUAUCUGAUGUAUCCACUGUGUAUCAGUGGCGCAAUAUACUCAUACUUAUAUCUCCAAAAUAAAAGUUGGUACUCUUGGAUAACAAAUGGCCUUAUCAGUGGUGUUUAUGCGUUUGGAUUUCUGUCGAUGGUUCCUCAGCUGUUCAUUAAUUACAAGUUAAAAUCAGUGGCUCAUCUGCAGAUGUCCACUCUAAUGUAUAAGGGCUUGAACACAUUCAUCAGUGAUGUGUUCAGUGGAAUAAUCACUACUCCUGGACCCCAUCAGCUGGCCUGUUUCAGAGAUGAUGUGGUCUUCCUCGUCUACCUAUAUCAGCGCAGGAUUUAUCCUAUGAGCAAGUCCAGGUCACGUGAUUACGGGUCUGCACACAGGAGGAAAGCGAAAGGAAAGUCACACGAGGACUAAGCAGCCACAACAUUCUCUGAGAGCUCGUGCUCUUCAUGCAUGUGAUUCAGGAGAAAUGCUGAGAAUACUUGGUUGGCCAAAGCCCUUUACUGUAUUCAUAUAACAAUCCUGCCUUAUGCUGUAAGAUUUGACAGAGCUAGGACUCGUACAGUAAUUUUUACUGCAGCAACUCACAGCUGAAGCGAAUAGUUUGAGUUUUGGACUAAAUCGUGUAAUGUGUCAUGACUCAGGUCUGUCCACCAGACAGUAACUUAAGCUCUAAUUGAAAUUACAGCUACACCCACCAAAUGCUAUCAUGACCUCUGUAAGAACGAAAUGACAAUACCAGUCAUUAUUUACUUAACCAACUCAGUAUUAGAGGAUGUAUGAACCCAGAGAAUUUUUUUUAUAAUGAUCAGACCAGGAUUUAGACUUGAGCUUCUAUAGUCUUUUGCAGAGAAAUUCGCCAUGUGCAGAGUUCAACGUAUUUUUGCUGCUUUGCAUUGGUUGAACCACUUUAUAUGCAGAUGUUUUUGCAUAAGUCACAUGUAUUCAGCAGCAGUAUGAACUUUCAGGAAAUGUAUUUGGGUGCUGAUAUGAUUGCUGAUAUGGCUUCAGGUAAUGAUAUGUAUUGCUUUAUUUAUUGCUGACCCUGUCUGUGAAACCCAGGUGUCUGUGCAACAAGUUCCAUUUCAAGCAUGAAUUUCACUAUAAUUGUAUUCUUACAAAUGACAUUACUCAGUCAAUCAGUAUAUUUUUCACAAAAUGUUCUUUACAUUAUGUAGGAUGUUUUAUGUACAAAACCACCAGUCACAAAAAUGACUUGAGCUGGGUUUUCACAGGCAGGGUUAUGAUUAUAAUUUUGUCAUGUGCAUUAUUUGGUGCUGUUUAUUAUGAAAGUAUUAAAUCAUAAACUAUGAGAAUUGGCUGAAAGUCAAAUUAGUGAUUUUGUAUCUAAAAAUGUAUAUAAUGCAUAUGUAUAUAACUUGGCUAUGUGUAUGAAAUACAGUUUCAUGAAUCUGUUUGACUUCUGGGUAUGUUUUGACAUUUUUCUCCCCCACUUCUUACAAAACCAAGCAAAAAAAAAGAAAAGAAAGAAAGAACGGAACCGAUUACAUCUUUGUUUUAAAGUUUCGCCCAUUAGAGGAAGCAGUCAGACCUGCCGGUUUGGAGGGAGGCACUUGAAUAGCUCAUGUCAGGAAUGUGAGAUAUACUGGUUUGUGAUGGCAACAUUAAACAAACAAACAAACAAACACAUACUAUACAUAAAGCAAACUACAUAAAUACAAUCAAAUAAUAACUUAUAUUUAAUCAAAGUAAAUAAAGGUGCCACUGAUCAUUUCAAUGACAUCACAGACUG